AGGGCUUAAUCUGGGAAUAAAACUGGAGUUGCGUAUUUGUCGUUUCGACUCCCGAGAGUGCUCCACAUCCCUACAGUCAAUUCCCAUAACCUAGACUUCACAGGACUGCAGCUGCCGGAGGGAUGCAGUGAAGAGGAGAUAUUUAUUUGACUCCACAUUCACAAAUAGCCACUAAAGGUUUUCAGAUAACAGGAGCAUGGGUCUGCAGACUGUGUUCCGCGCGGUGAUCAUGGGGGCCCCGGGCUCAGGGAAGGGGACCGUGUCCGGCCGGAUAGCGCAGAGUUUCGCGCUGAAGCAUCUCUCCAGUGGAGACAUGCUGCGGGCCAAGAUCGAGGCCAAGACAGAUUUGGGUCUCCUGAUGAAGUCGUGUAUCGAUCAGGGUCAGCUGGUUCCCGAUGAUGUCAUCUCCCGCCUCAUCCUGUCCAGUCUGAGGGGUCUGGAGCAGACCAGCUGGCUUCUGGACGGGUUUCCUCGUACUGUGGCUCAGGCCGAAGCCCUGGACAGCGUGUGUGAUGUGAACUCUGUUAUAAACCUGGACGUGCCUUUCCAGACGAUCCGAGAGCGCCUGACCUCUCGCUGGGUGCACUUUCCCAGCGGCAGGGUCUAUAAUAUAGACUUCAACCCGCCUAAGAAACCAGGUCUUGAUGAUGUCACAGGAGAACCGCUGGUCCAGAGAGACGAUGACAGUCCUGAAACUGUGUCCAGGAGACUCAAGGACUAUGAGAGACAGACGCAACCAGUUCUAGAGUACUACAGGAGUAAAGGAGUGUUGGAGACCUUCUCAGGAACUGAAACCAACAAGAUAUGGCCUCACGUUCAUGCCUUCCUGACCAGGAAAAUCCCAGGAAACCAGCAGGCUAUGGGAAAAGCGUGAUUGCACAACAACCUUGAGGACUUUCACCACAGCUGAAGUACACUGUUGGACUCGAGCACAAUGCGCCUCUGUGACCUUAAGCAGUCUACUGUAUUUGUCCAAGCCUUUGGUGUCUUCAUCUGGUUUUAUGCCUUUGUGAGAAAGUUAGUGCCAAACUAGAUAUUUAUGGUCAAACUAGUCUAUUACUGAAUUCUAGCACUGUCAUCUUAAGGAAAUAAACCCAGCUUAGAGAGUUAGACGUAGGCAUGCUAAGAUUAAUAGUUGACUUUAAAGUUAAUAAUUCUUUCCGCUUCGAAGAAGUGCCAAACCAUAAGAUUUUUUUUUUCUUUUAAUUGAAGUGGCUGCAAAGUGUGGACACAGAAGCUCCAAAACAUUCCUGUUUAUUGUCCAUAAUGACAUUUUAAUAAUAUUAUUAAAAUUUGUGCAUACUAGAGAUGUAUUAAUUUAAACAUUUCACAAAUGAAUGCAGAGCAAAAUUACAACUCAGACCUGAUUUUUGAAUGUUCUGUCAUUUUUGUACGAACCACUGUGGCCUUAAUUAGCAAAAGCACUGUCUAAUUAUGAGUCGGAUGACUGUGUGGUGAUUUUUCUAUUGUAGAGCAUAUGAAUGUUAAUAUUUUUUGCAUAUACAAAAUAAUGUAUUUUUAAUUAAGAAAAGUUUAAAUAAUAAAGGGAAAGAAAAUCUAUAAUGUGAUCAAUUUAUAAAAUUGAUUGUUGAAGUUGUUUUAUAAGUCCUUUUUGUAUUGAUAAAUCACUAUUGUGUGGUUAUGAAGCCCUAGAACACAAAUGAAGUGCAAAGUGUUUAUUCAUCUAAUUUUAUGGCACAGUUCGCGAAUCACUAAAUUUGUAGUGAUUGAAAACCUGCUAUUGAAUAAUGGAAAAAUUAAGUAUACUGCAAAGUGUGGCAUUUCAGGAACAACUGCAAUAAACAGUGAGGCUUAAAUCUU